UCAACGCUCCAAAACGCUCUUCUGUUACCUAUAAACGCAUUCUUUCUCUCUUGUUUUCUUUUGUAAAUAAGGAGAAAAAAAAAAUCAAACACCAAAAACAAAAAUUAAGCAAAAAAUGCUACUAAGAAGUUCAUCAACACCAUUGUUGAACUCAUGGACUCCGAAUAACACUACAUCCGGAGCAUCCACUUCUACAAAUUCUUCACCCGAGCCCAACAAAUCCACUCUUUCUUUAACGACGUCGUUUUGUUUUAAAACUAAACUUAUGCGAGCUUUUUCUGAGUCGGACCUAUAUCGUCUUAGCGCCGUAUCACCCAAGUCAAAUCCAUUCGGGUCGGAUUAUGCGUUAGAAUAUGGGUCUGGGUCGCGUUCAAGGUUGUUGACGAAUAUUGGGUUAGGUUAUUUGAGAGAAAAAGUUGUUGAGGAAGAAGAGGAGUGUGAUGUAGAGGAGCUGAGUUGUGAAGGAUCCGACAGUAUUGGUGGUGGAUUUGAUGGUGGACAUGGGUUUGGAUUUGGGUUCGGGUUUGGUGGUUGGGAUUCGAAUAAUGGAAGUGAUGGUGAAACUACUGAUUUGUAUUAUCAGAAAAUGAUUGAAGCUAAUCCUGGAAAUUCUCUUCUUUUGGGUAAUUAUGCAAAAUUCUUGAAAGAGGUUCGAGGCGAUUAUGUUAAAGCCGAAGAGUAUUGUGGGAGAGCAAUACUUGCAAAUCCCGGUGAUGGAAACGUGUUAUCUCUCUAUGCUGAUUUGAUAUGGAAAACUCAGAAAGACUCUUCAAGAGCUAAGACUUACUUUGAUCAAGCUGUCAAAGCAGCUCCUGAUGACUGUUACGUUCUAGCAUCACACGCACACUUCCUUUGGGAUGCCGAUGAAGAGAAAGACGAGGAAGAUACAAUAAUGUCAAGCAGUCUGAUGCCAAUAAGGUACUUAGAAGGCAUUGCUCCUCUUCCGCCUCCUUUAGGUGCUGCUUCUUAAGGAAUCUUUUACCUUAAGCCUUUCCAACCCUUUACCUUGUAUAGUUAUAACUCUACUAUUCAGCCCUUGUGUACAUGCCCUGUUAUGCUACUAAAAAUAACCCAUACUUGUAGGUUCUUCUCUCCUUUGUGCUACUACUAAUUAAAAUUUUGUAAACGUUGCUUGUGAUUUACUCCCUCUAUUCCAAUGGAAAAGGGAAUAUUUACUUUUAGACACGCGCUCUUGUUACACUUGUUUUUUGCAAACUUUUUGAUACUAUUCAUUACUCUAAUCUAUAAAUUAAAGCAUAUUCAAGUGA